AUGUCGACAAUCUUAUUGAUCUUGAUGGUGCGACCGUUCUCCAAUCUCGAAGACAUAUCUCGUAGCACAUUGGGGUUUCCAAAUAUUGGUGAAGCUCAUUACUCUAUAGCUGCAGAGGACAUUACAUUUGUUGAUGCUUCUGAAGAAGGAGGUGCUUCGGGUUCGGCAAGCCCAGCUGACCCCAGGAUAUUUCCAUUUAUAUUACUUGGGAACAAGAUUGAUAUUGAUGGUGGGAAUAGUCGAGUGGUGUCUGAGAAGAAAGCAAAGGACUGGUGUGCCUCUAAAGGAAACAUACCUUACUUUGAGACAUCUGCAAAAGAGGAUAUCAAUGUUGAUGCUGCAUUCUUGAGUAUUGCUAAAGCUGCUCUAGCCAAUGAGCAUGAGCAGGACAUAUAUUUCCAAGGCAUUCCUGAGGCAGUUUCAGAGAGUGAGCAAAGAGGUGGUUGUGCUUGCUGAAGUGGAGCCAACCUGUUGGGCUGAAUAAUUACCGAUAUUUUGGUUUGGUAAUUCUUCAUUUUUGUUUUUAUUCUUGGCAGUCCUUGUGAUUCAUGGCCAUUUUUGUAUACU